AUGCCAUCUGCUAGUUAUGCACUUGGCACCAUCCUCCGCGCCUUAUCGCCCUCUCUCUCUGCUGUAUACCUGCCACUACAUACUUAUACUCCCACAAGAACCCGCUGCACCAGCCCGGUGCCUGGACAUUCCCACUCCCGCCCCAGCGGCUGCGCCCUCCUGUCCAUUGCACGAUCAGCAGCACCAGCGUGUUCGGCCGCUGGGCCUGGCCUGGCCCGGCGAUCACGGGCCCCUGUCGCCAGCCCGAGUGGAGACUGCCCCAAUUUCCUUUUGUACGGGGGGAACACCGCAACCUGCAAUCGCAUGGGGGUAUAG